GCACGAGGCUUCAGUUUUGUUUAACCAACCAUUAACAAACUUUAGAAUUUAAAAACACAUAACAGUUCGGGAAUAUCUAGACAGUGUAACGGUACUACGCCAUCCAAAGAGAUUGCCGAGGCGGUUCAGAGUAGGCCGUCGUGGUGAUAACUAGGGAGCAAUUUUGUGAUGGAGGGAGCUGGACACGGAGCUCAAAUCACCAGGAUCCCAAAUUGCUUAUAAUUUGCAAAAAGGAAGGGGCUGCCUUUCAGCAAACAUUUUGGCCACUUUAAGUAAAAAAUAUUUUUAGAGUUUAUCAACUAGGUUGCUUUUCUUUUGCCAGUUUUAAAAUAGGACGUUUGAUUAAGUUGGUAAUCGCUGCCCUCAUUAACUUAUUUGCAGCUUGUCUAAUUUUUUUUCCUUAAUCUAUUUCAUAACUGUGUCAGUGCAGGGGAUUCAAUACUAGCUAUAUCAUCAGUUUUUUUCAGUGUUAGCACUUUCUGACGCCAUUGCAGUUUGCCAACUUUAUUUCUUGGAAGGUGCGGAGGGAGAUCAAGAAGUGCAGUGGUCUGAAAUACACUGCUUAACAUAUGGAAUUUGAAAGUAGAUUGUUGGCUACAGCCAUCAACCCUAGUAGCUUCCCUGCCAAACUUUGGAGGCUUGUUACCAACCCACAGUAUCAAUCAAUUCAGUGGGAUAUUAAUGGUUUAGGAAUAGUUAUAGACCAAAAGCUCUUUCAGUCGGAACUCCUUUGUCGAUCCAGAUACUCUGAGCCCACAGAGCAGUUCAAGACCAGCAAUUUCACAAGUUUUGUAAGACAGUUAAAUUUGUAUGGUUUUAACAAAGUAGCACAGGGCUGUGAGAAUGGUCAUGUGAAUUUGUGUAGAGGAGGACCAUCAGGUGCCAAGAACUGUGUUUGCCAUCAUUUUCAUAACAUGUACUUCAAGAAGGGUCACCCAGAGCUACUUAUCAAUUUGAAAAGACUGACUAAAGCUAACAGAGAGAAGUUAGCUCAGGGGAGAGAAGUCAACUAUAGGCGCACAAACCGUUUUCAGAAACUACUCAGUACCUCACUGGAAGAUGCUGGGAAAAAUGAAAAGCCAGCUAAGCGAGAUCAUCACCUUUAUCAUUCCCAGAGGCAGGGCUCUGCAGGACCUGUAAACAAUGGCCAAAUCUACAGCUUUUCUCCUUAUAUUUACCUGUCAGCACCUCAUGGCAGUUUCCAAAUUAAAGACUUGGAUCAAACACCAGUACCAUCUCAUCCCUGGCAGAACUCUGCUGGGCUGAUGACAGGCCAGAUGGAAUCAUACUCACUUUCUGGGGAAGGCCUUUCUUUCCCUAACACUCAGCAUUUUCCAAAUGAUGUGCCCUACACUCUGCAGUCCAAUUCUACUUCAGUCCAAGUCCAAAAAGGAUACCAGGGAAUAACUGCAUCUGAUCAGAAAUUCAACAGUUGUGUGUCUUCACUACCAGAUUACUGUCAUACCUACUAUCCUCCAGUUUUUCAAUGCUGUCCCCUUUCAACAGAUAUGGAUUCUGUUAAAAGCCACGCCACUUCAAGCUCUGGAUCCUACACUUCCUGUAGCUGUUAUCAGAAUGAGGCAUCACAGUCUUCCCUCUCAGUGGAACUACUGCUGCCAAACUGGCAGUGUAGCCCCACCAGUGAGAACAGAGACAUAGAUAUAAACUUGGAGACUGUUCUUCAGACUGCUGAUAAGUCAAGAUCAUCCCCAGAAUUGGAAAUGGUGGAUGGGAAUGCAAAUAGGAACGGGAUUCCCACAUCGCCAUUUGAUGUAUCCCAACUGCCUAGUAGCCCUGCACAUCAUGGCAUUUCAGCUUCAAAUACAGUGGGCGGGCAGCUCAAGUCCUUAAACCCAGUGGUCACUGAAUCCACCUCCUUUGUUUCAGACUUUAAUCAGCAAGAGGGCUGCUGCUUUUCACAGAAUAUCAGUUACGAAUAUGCUGUUCCAGCUAGCCAGAAAAUGGAGAAUACUACUGUUACAUUUAGCACGUAUUCAGCUACAGAACACACCACUGCACAGUUGCAGAAUAAGCAGCUAAGCAGAAACAUCUCUGGCACACCAGAAGCCAUUCUAGACCAGCUGCUUUUCAAGUCAGAAAAGCUGAAAUCUGGCAGUUCAGACCAGGUCACAACCCUUCAACUUGUUCAAGUCAAUGAGCAGAUGGCAAAUCUCUCUUCAGAGGGAGAGGUACAUGAGACAGCUUUUAGAAGUGGAGCCUCUGAAAACAAAGCUUUUUUAACUCCAGAAAAAUACACAGAAGAGAGAGACAUAACACAAGCAGAAUCACCAGAUCUUCACUUGCUGGUGAAUAUUGCCUGCAAUCAACAGCAUGUCUUUGAAAAGGAGGAGUGUCUGUAGAUAACUGUAGAUAGCUGCUCAUCUUUAUAAUUGAAAAAUAUAGCACUACAUGUCAGCAGUUAGGGAUAGUUCCUAUAUGUUGUCUUUGCAUCUGCUGUAGUUAUUCACCAAAACUUGAAAAAUGUGUGUGAAGCUGUUGUAGACAGCAAACUAAUUUAAGCCUUUUGAGUAACAUGUAUUUUUAACAGCUGCUGGUAUCUGUACUUCCAGUUUUCUUUUGAAGGAGUUUCUUGAUAAUUCAUGAUGUACAGUUACUUCAGCUAUCAAGAAAAUCCCACUUUAGUAACAAGAAAUACUAAACUGGCAGUAGAAGAGUCACAGUGCCACAACAUCAGGAAGAUGACAAAGCUGUUUCCAAGGAUAUGACUGUCAUAUUCAAAAAUAACUCCUUUCCAUGUUUUCAUAGUUGUUUGCAUCACUGUUGCUGUUUUGUCAGCAGCUUGGGCUGUUUCUGUUCUACAUUGAUAGUUUAACUUCAUCAUUCAAAACCAGUAGCAUGAUGUGCAGUUUGAUAUGCCUGCACUGGCCCAGAGUUUUGAGAGUCCAAGCAACCACUGACACCUUCUCCUUUAUUUGGAACUAGGCCAUUAGGCACUUUUUCCUUAAUGUAUAAUUGUUUGCAGCAUUCUUUACAGACAGUUGUUUCUUCCCUUGACAAGAAUCAACCCCCUCUUUUUAAUUCUUGUUUUUGUUGUAGAGUUGUGUUCUGUUUACCACUGUAUAUGCUACAUAUCUUGAAUUUAUAAAUAUGCACAAAAUUUGAUCGAACUAAAUGUACAACAAAGCCAUUUCUUCAACAUUUGUAUUUAAAAAUGUGCCAAGAUUUUAGCAGGUUCAGUUAUGGAAAACAGGAUUUAUGUACCAUAGUGUUGACGUCUUCCAGGAUAGUGUUACUUAAACUGAUUUCUUAUUUAUUUCAGUACCAGUACAUUACGAAUGCCAUUGGAAUCUGCAUAUUUUUUUCUGUUUCAGUCAUUUCAGUGUUAAACUUUUUCCACUACUGCACUGAGGGCAUAUUCCAUAGAAUGUUAACUCUUAAAAUAAUAAAGCUGGAAAUGAUUUAAA